ACAGAAAGCGAUUAAAACUAAUUAUACAUACAUGGGAAAAAUCCAAUCUGAUAACAGUGACAAGUUCUAAAAGCCAUUGUUAUGUUACCAGAACAACAAUAGAUAAACAUAACAGUGCCGUUAUCUUGUGUUUGAUCUCAUCGAGAUCCUUAUGUCCCUUAUGGCCUGGAAGUGGCUGAAGACUCUGAAGGGUAUAAUUUACUGCAACAGGACUUCUUGUCCCGCACGAAACUUUAGGGAAAGAAAAUUAUAAUUACAUAAAAUAAUGUACGACACAUUUACUGGGAUUUACUGCCAAGGUUGAAGUUAGAGCAAAGAGUCAGAAAGUAACUCACCCGUUUCAGACAGUUGAGUCAUGGUCCUUAUAAUGUUAUAAGACAAUGCAGCAAUAUCAGUAAUUAGUUUCCAGAAGGAACAAUAAUUCUUUCAUGACGCUCCGCCCUAUCACACUCCCCCCGCCCCCCCGCCGUGUCCCCUCUGUCCAUCUAACCCCCUCUCUCUCCAGCCCUCAUCCACAUCAACCGAGAACAGACGACAGUGAAAAGGCAUAUAAUGUGCACGUACCGGAUUUCAUUGCCCAAGUCCAAGUCCUAGAUUCUAUAAGACCACGAGCACAGCUCCAGAAGUAAGGACCCAGUCGGCUACUGGCCGAGUCAGGUAUCAAUCAUGGACCCAAUUAUGCUAAUAAAGUCAAUACAAAAAGCCAUUAUUAAAGACACAAUUGGCAACUGUUUCAUCUUUAUUCGAGUCUUCCCUCAAGACUGACUCCCCUUGAUUUUAUCCAGUUUCUUUUUGUUUGUUUCCUUCCGGAAACAGACAUUGUAAACAGUCGAAUUUCCUCUUCACAAUUUGUCGGUGUACAUACCAAGUUACCAUGCAGAAAACUGAUAUAGUUAGAAAAUUUGGCACAUUCUGCACAAACAGAUAUGCGACGCAAUUGUCUUUGAAAGCAACCCCUUAAAAACGCAAUGUUCCAAACCUUGUCCUUCUGUACUUAAACGUACAGAUGUUUGACUUGUGCAUAAAAAUGCACCAAAGUCCAUUGAAAGCCUGGACCUUGGACAGUCAUUGAUGCAUGAAUUUAUUUGUGCAAAUUAAAUUGAGAAAUAGAGCGAGCUACCAUCAUUCUUUAGGAAGCAAACGGCUUUAUUUAUUACUUUACUGAAAGCAUCUCAGGCCAAACUAUAGCAGGAAGGCUUAACAUCGCUGACCUCUUCGAUCGAGAACGUGUUAACAGUAUCCCGAGGACAAACAUUGUAGACUAGAUAAUGCUUUUUCAUCUCAUAAUCUUAAUCACGUCAUGUUUAAUUCCCUAGCCAAAACACCCACCUGUCCUACAAAUAAACCAGCUGAAACCGAUCACUUAUAACUGACGAAGCGCGUGUGAUGUAAUCCGGCUUGCACUUGAUUUUUGUUAAAAGUGAUAAUUUUUGUGCAUGUUCUGUACGUUAUGUUUAGCACAGAACAUCACCGUCCCAAUACAGAAACUGCAUACUGUAUUUUGCUUCAAGUUUCUUUCACGCAGUUUUCCGAGCGAAUAAAUGGAUGCUGAUACUGCAGGUUCGGAAGCCCGCGUGGUUCGAUCGACGAUGGUGGUGUGAAGACUUUGCGGUACAAUUCGCUCUUCUAAGUAAGGUCGCAAUGUCUCAACAAUCCUCCCAGACGUCCAACUGCUCACUUGAGCCAAUAAUGUCCCAAGAGACGUUUGAUCAUGUCUUUUCCAAUGUCAUGGGUACUUUUGAAAAUCAACAAGACUUACACAGGAUUCAGACUGAAUGUCAGAUGGCACCAACGAUUAUACAACUAACAGAUGAGAAUAUACAUGAAAAUGUGCAGAUGACCCUGGACUGUGUUGGCCUCGUAAGACCUGAGGGUAAUGAAUUCCCCCUGUUAUUGCAAGACAACAGUUUUCGAUCAGAUCUCGUUGGACAAGAACUUACGCAUUUCAAACGGGAACCAGAGGAAAACCCAAUCAUCCCAUCGACAAUGGCCACUCCACCUCCAGAACAGCCCAUUCCGCAGCCAUUAAUAGUAUGCAAUACUGAUUUUCCUGGGAGUUAUGGUUUCGACCUUGGUUUCCAGGAAGAGAAAGGGCCUGUGACAAAGUCAGUGCAAUGGACUUAUUCGCCAUCCCUAAAGAAAUUAUUUGUGAAAAUGAGAUGUAUUGUACCUCUUAGAUUUAAACUGCAAGUUUUCCCACCUCCUGCAUCCGGUUUGUAUGUUCGAGUGGUGGUGAUAUACAGACAGCCAGACCAUUAUCGGGAAAUUGUAGAAAGAUGCCCCAAUCACAUCACCCAACACAAGGAUGGCCAUCAUGCUCCUAAGCAUAUUCUGAGAUGUGAAAAUCCAAGAACAAGUUAUGUGACCUGCCCAGAGACUGGAAGACACAGUAUAAUAAUUCCUUUGGACUCACCACAGGCUGGCAGUGACUUUGUGACCAAUAUGUUCCAAUUCAUGUGCUUCAGUUCAUGUCCUGGUGGUUUGAAUAGACGGCCCAUCAUUGUGGUUUUUACCCUGGAGUUAAAUAAUAUGGUAUUGGGACGGAAAGCCCAAGAUAUACGCAUAUGUGCCUGUCCAGGAAGAGAUAGGACUAUUGAAGAGAACGCAGAAUCUAAACGAAGGUCCAAUCAACCGGCAGCCACUUCUGUAAUUUCUCAAACUGCAAGUGUAACACCACCCCCAACCCCUCAGGUAUUAUCAGCCCCUCAUACCCCUCCAGAGGAGCCAACAACAUCCACUGGUGAAACAAGCCAUGUUCAAAUUCCAAAGUUAACCAAAAAGAGAUGUAAGUGUGGAGUUCCAUGUACAAUUCCAAAAGCACAUUCCAUCAUGUCAUCUGGGUUUGAAGUCAGGGCAUUGACUGUGGAUAGAAAUAGACUAAAGCGAAUACGGACUAAUGAAGAUGAGGAGAUUUUUACGAUACAGGUUAAAGGCCGUGAAAAAUAUGAAAUGUUACUGAAAAUCAAGGAAAGUCUUGACAUUAUGGACAUGGUUCCACAGGCUCAACUUGAUAAUUACAGGGCAAGCUGUCCACCUUGUGGGAGAAUGAGGAGUUCACAGAAUUCACAAAAUUCAGAUUCUCAAAACUCUUCAGAUUCUCAGCCAGAUGAACUGGAAGGUACUCCACCGGCUACACAACUGUCACGUUCGGACUCUGGCUCCUCAUACCAGUCUCCUACAUCCUCUCAGCACAGUUCUGGAGGAGGGACUGGGAUCAAUGCUGUGAGGUUUACUCUGAGAAGAACUGUCUCGUUAGACAAGAAGGGCUUCCAAUCAUAACUUGGUUGUUAUUUAGGAAUAUUCACAUCAUCAGAGCGGGUUUUUUUAUACUUAAAGUUGUUAGGUUCCAGUUUUUAAUAGACCUUGAUAUUUUGUGCUUACAGCGAGGACAAGGACCAUAACACUUGACAGUUUUUGGGCAUGUUUGCAUUGACUUACUUUUUUGUAAGAAUUAUGGCUCUUCAUUCAGCAUUUUUCACUGUUUGUGACGUGCUGGUCUUGUACAAUACAUAAUAGCCUCUUCCAGGUGUUCAGUUAGUUGGGCACAGUGAGAAAAACGGUGAGCAAAACCGGGAGAAGUGAGAGAAAGCAAAGGAACGUUUUCGCUUUUUCUCGCCAUGCUUCUCCCCCAUUUUUUUGCUCGCCAUUUUUUGCUGCACCCCAACUACUGUAACUGAACACCUGGAAGAGGCUAAAUAGUGUAACAAGCCUUGAGUUUAUUCCAUAGUGCCAAAAAAACAAGUAAAAUGUCAAGUGUUCAUAGUUCAAGUGUCAUUACUGGUAGUAAUAGUCACCAUCACUGAUGUCUCUAUAGCAACUGUUACUCGUGUCACCCAACAAUGUUUCUCUCGUUGUUUGACAACCUAAACAAUGACUGUGAAGAAGACACACGUUAAGGUAUUCCGUGGUGAUAUUUUAGAAUGUAACAAAUCAGAGACAGCUCUGUGAGAUGUUUAUUUUUCCAAGAGCUGUAAAGAAGAUUAGAUUAUUUUUAUAUUGUAAGUUUUUGCUACCGAGAAGCAUACUUCUAUAAUUUAUGUAAUAAUAAUUUGCUUAUAAUAGGUGCAGUUGAUAAUUAGAUUGUCUUGAGGUUAAUGCUGCAAUACAUUACUGAAGUGGUUCAGUUAAAAAUUAUUUCAGUGGGAGCUAAUUAUUUUUUUUUUUGACUCAUGGUAUGAUUUAAAAUUUUAAACUUGUAGAGGUACAGUCUGCCUUUCAUGAAACAUUGGUUUAACUUGGAGCAACUACGAUUUGUAGAAGACUAGUUGUCAAGACAAAGAUGUAGUUUUAUAUAGAUAACACACUUUCUGCAAAUGCCUGACAACUUUGGAAAGUUUAAAACUUCCCCCUCUCUCCCUGUGCUGUUAUUUUAGAGGGUUACCAAUGAUAUUCAUGCUGUGGUUUUUUAAACCUUAAAAUUGAGGAGGGUUUAAGGAGAAGUAGUUUACCUAUUUCAUCCUCCAAUUUGCUGGAAAAACCAAACUGGUAGAACUAGAUAUCUCAACAGUCUUUUUUUAACUAGCUCACUUGGAGUAGAAAAUGUUCUAAGAAUAUUAAAACACUGAGAUCGAGGGGAAAAAAAUGAAUGACACUCUUUCAAAGUUGAUUUUAGUUUCCUUCUGCAGUGCAGAAAAUCAUUCUAAAUUGCAUGUAGAUAAGAGAAUGUACCAUUUAUUUGGUUUGUUGUGUUUGCCAAGACCAGUUGUAGGUCAGACAUAUCAUAUGUAUAUAUAAUUGUAUAAUACAAUGGGUUGGUUUAUGUUGUUGUUAACAGUUAACAUAAAGUACAGUGCAAGGUGCUGCUGUUCAUGAAAUAAAUGCUAAGAUAUAAGACUUGUA